UGUCUCGGCACCAUGCUCCGGCUGGUGUACUCACUGGCACUGGUUGUCAUCCUAGCCAUAGCCGUCAAUGGACGCGGCCUCUUCUACGGCCUGCAGACAGAUCACAUCAUCCCUGGACCUCCUGGCCACAAUCAGUUUGGCCGCGAAGUCUUUGACGCCAAGGACAUCAACAACGAUGGAAACGCCGACAUGAUUACACGGCAGUACGGAUCGCCAUCGCGUGAGGCCAAGCAUGUAGGGCCUGUGGCACUCUACCUUGGCCCACUCGAUGCGGUGGCCUCGGCAGACGACUAUGACUUCUCUUUCCAGCCAAAGGUGGGCGUGAACGGAUCGUACCAUGCUCGGUUUGGCGAGCUGGUGGUGACCGGCGACGUCAAUCACGACGGCUACGACGAUCUGAUCAUGUCGUCGCAGGUGACGAUUACAGCAUACGUGUACGUGUUCUUUGGGCCGUUCACUAAGGCUCCGGACGGGAGCGCGCGCAAGGUCAACCUCACGCUCGCUGACGCAGACAUUGUGCUCAACGGAGAUCCGUUGACGACAGGCUCGACGUUUGGCCACGCCAUUGUUGUGUGCGAGGUCGACUCGGUGCCCGGCAUGGAUCUGGUGAUCGGCGACCCAACGUUCAAUGUCUCGGGCACCGACACCAAGGAGGGCGCCAUCUUUGUGUAUACCGGGCCGCUGACAGGGACCCAGUACUCGGUGGCCGAUGCGAGCCUCGCGCUCGAAGGCACCAUUGUCGACGCGAAGUUUUCCGACACGCUGCGGUGUGCAGACGUCAACGGCGUGCCCGGCGAUGAGCUCAUCGUUGCCGAGCCGGGCUAUGGCUCAGCGGCGGGCCGGGUGCUUAUUUUCGACGAUUUGCACGCCGGCGGCCGCAUCUCGGCCCAGUUUGUGGGGCCGCUCAUCUCAACUGUCUUUCCCGUCCCGAGUGGCGGAAACAUCACGCUCAUGAUUCCCAACGGCUUUGCCAACGCCAUCGACGUCGUCGACUUUAACGGCGAUGGCGAGAACGACGUCAUUAUUGCCUGCUACCAAUACCCGACGUUUAACGACGCGGAUCCGGACGACGUCAUGCGCGGCGAGGUGUACGUCUUCUGGGGCCCAUUCGGCUCGGCGCGCGCCGCCGACGAUCCUUACACUCGCGAGACCGCCAAUGUCAUCAUUGCCGGUGUCGAGCGCAACGAAAUGGUCGCCGGCGGCGUGCUCGGUGUCCCGUCGCUCAACCCGGACGGCAUCAACGAUCUGGUCCUCGCCAUGCCGCACUACGGCCGACUCCGCGGCAAACUCGUCAUUUUCCAUGGCCUCAACGUCUCGUCCGACCACCCGCAGAUCCGGCUGACGACCAAGCAGGCCAACGCGGUGCUCCAUGGCGCGCGGAGCCAGGCCGGGUUUGGCUACUCGAUGGCCUACGCCGGGUUCGUGUCGAACCAGACCCACUCGGCGUUGCUCAUCUCCUCACCAUUUGCGCCCGACGGCUUCUCCGUCGGCCGGGUCUCGCUUGUACAGCAAGUUCCCACGGCAUGCCCGUACUACGGGACAUGCAAGUCGUGCGUCGACGCGGGAUGCGUGUGGUGCAAGGGCGACGACACGUGCACUUUUGCCUCGCCGUCGGCGUCGAUCACCUGCCCCGGUAACGACAUCACUCUUCUUCCCAAGCACUGCCCUGGCUUCAACUACCGCGAGCUGUUCAUUGCCAUUGCGCUCGCCACCGGGGUCUGCUUUGGUCUCGGCCUUCUUGCGUCGCGGCUCAAGCGGCUUUGUUGCUCCGAGGACGCGUUCCAGCGCGAGGCCCGGCUGAAGAAGCAAGCCGACGCCGCCGCCGACGACGCCCGCCGCGCCAAACUCCACGCCUCGCUCCAGGUCACCGUCGAAGACAUCAUGUACGGCCGCGGCGACGGCUUUGGGCCGGCCUUGGACUUUGGCUCCAUCAACUCGGACGGUGGGCCGGUGCGGGUUGUCGGCGCCGACCGGAUCCAGCAGCUCUACUCUGGCGAGCUUGACGACGUUGUCGCCGCCGCCGUCGCCGUCGCCUCCUCGCCCGUCGAUGACGGCUCGGUCGACCUCAGCUCGCCAGGUAAGGGUGUCGGCGCCUCGUCUUCUGCCGCCGCUUCCCGCCCGCCUGUCCCCAUCCGGCUCAACUCGACGGGCUCCAUCGCUACACUCUCGUCGACUGACGACGAUCUGGCGCACAACAUGGCCACUUUUUCCAAGCGCAAGGGCAAGAACCUCUCGGUCAACGUCUCGGGCGAACUGAUAUCGUCCACCGGCUCGCUCACCACGCCCUCGCCGCUCGCCACGCCGACCACCCCCAAGCUCCGCUCUCCGCAGCGCCACCACCGGUACAACUCGGACUCGUCCACAGGCUCGACGGGCGCUUCAGGCGUCGGCAUGCCGCCGACCCCCACGUCCGGCCGCCGCGGCUACUUUGCCGCCGCGCCUCCUCCUUCCCCUGCAGCUCCUGCCUCGCUGCCCACCGGCGCGCCUCCAAUUCCGCCCAAGCCGGACGCGCCGAGCGAGGCCAGACUCUAA